UUAAAAAUAUGCAUAAAAUUAAAAUGUUUAUAUUACUUUCUAGAUUAAAUCUCUUUCUGUGAACUACUGAGGACAGAUUCAGAAGAUGGCAAUGAUACUGUUUUUCGUGGCUCUUCUCCCAGUUGUUUCGGGGCGUGACUGUACAUUAAUGCCAUUCGACUGUUCUGACCUUUAUAAAGCAGGGCAAACAGUCAGUGGGAUUUACUCCAUCUAUCCAGCAGGUGACGUUCCUGUUUGGGUUUACUGUGACAUGAUCUCAGAUGGGAAAGAUGAAGAUAAAGGAGGAUGGACGGUGAUUCAGAGGAGAAUGGACGGCAGUGUGAAUUUCUAUCGGCCGUGGAAUCAGUACAAGAGAGGAUUUGGGAAUGUGGAGAGCGAAUACUGGCUGGGGCUGGAGAACAUACACCAGCUGACACGUAACAGGAAGUACAUGCUGAGAGUGGAUCUGGAGGACUUUGAAGGAAGGAAAGGUUUUGCUCUGUACUCGUCCUUCUCUUUGGAUUGUGAAUGUGCAGGAUAUCAGCUGAGUGUUUCAGGAUUCACUGAUGGAGGAGCAGGCGACUCUUUAUCUAGCCAUAAUGAUCAGAAGUUCUCCACUUUUGACAAAGAUCAAGACCUCCAUGAAAAGAACUGUGCCAAACUGUAUCUUGGGGCAUUUUGGUACAAUACCUGUCACCAUGCAAACCCCAACGGUGUGUAUUUAUGGGGAGAAGAUGCUACUCAUUACGCCAUUGGUGUUGUUUGGUCAACCUGGAAGAAUUAUGCUGUCAGUAUGAAAUCCAUCAGCUUGAAGAUCAAACGAGUGUCUUAGAAACAUUGAUGAAGAUACAUUUUCUCUUAACUGUGCGAAAGAAUAAAUCAUGUAAGUCAGUUCUUCAGAUUUACUAUCCAAAUGAUUUGGUAUUAAUUGGUAAUUUUUCCUGGGGUGCACUUAUAAUAAUGAUUUUUACAUUAAAAAAUGGUCAUAAUUUAGAAAUAAAAAGGCAUUUUUCC